AUGUAUAUAUUUUUUAUGAAGUUUCUUCAUAAUGUAUUUCAGAUAUCUCAAGAGACCCAAAUGGAUCAUGACACCAAGAUAUCUCAGGUGACUGAAAUCAACGAUGGCAUAAAGGUUUUGGCAGAAAACCAAGAGAAAUCUCAAGAUACCCAAAUGCUUCAAGACAAUAAGGAAAAGAAGCCUAUUGAGUAUGAUUAUGAUGCUGUUAAAGAUGUUACCAAGAAGAAAGAAAUAUGGAGACUAGGGGUGAUUUUGGAUGACAUGUGGAUUGUGUCGAAAGGAGAAUCUGAAGUGAUAAUGGAAAUGUUGCUCAGGGAUAUAAAGGGAUAUACUAUCCAAGCGACUGUGAUGACUGAUGAUAUUGAGAAGUGGAAAGAACAACUUGCACAAGGCCAGACGUAUUCUAUGCGUAAUUUUAGGGUUGCAGACAAUGAUUCACAAUAUAAGAUGACUCCUCACAAAUUUCGAUUAAUAUUUGUUGGUGCAACAAGAGUUACUGCAGUUGAAAUUCCAGAAAUACCAAAAACACAUUUUUACUUCAAGGAUUUUGAAGAGAUCUCUAAUGGGACUUUUCGCACUGAUCUGUUAGUUGAUGCUAUAGGAGUUGUUAACUCUAUUGGGAAGAUUGUUACUGCAACUACAACAAGGAAAGCUAAUGUCGCUUUUACCAUCAAAGAUCAGCGUGAUAAGGAACUUGAUUGUACUCUGUGGGAUUUAGUAUCUGACCAAUUUAUCAAUGGUUACAACCAACGAUCUAAUAAUGAUCCAUGUGUCAUCAUUAUGAGACAUGUUCGAGUCAGAGAAGCACAAGGAUCAUACCCCUUGCAAUUAACAAAUGUGUGGAAUGGAACUAAGAUUCUAUUUGAUACAUCGAUACCUGAAAUAGAAAAAUUUCGUGCCAGCUUGCCCAAGGAAACUGUUUAUGCGUCGUAA